UUAUGCAGAUUCUGUGGCCAUUUUGCUGGCUGCGGGAGCUGAGCUGAGGAAAAUGCAUGCGUUGGCUGCGCCACGGCUCCGCCGGCGUCUCCGGCCACCGGCGGUGCGUCUCCGCGGCGGACCGCGGUCGACGCUCCGACCCUUCUGAACGACGCCGCCGAUCUCUCCUGCGGCUGGACCGGGAGCUCGGAAAGCGUAAUUACCGCAACGCCUUGACCAUCGCGAGGCAGCUGCAGGGUAAGCCCGGUGGUCUUGCCGGCUUCGGCUCCGCCAAGCAGGUUCCGAAAAGGGUAUGGUUGCCUGAUGAUUUGAAGCUGAAUGGGAUGGACUUGUCGUAUCUUAGUCCACUGGUGGACUCAAUUCUGGAUUCCAUACAGAGUUGCCUUGAUUUUGCUCGAACGGAAGACUCUGUGGCAGGAAGUGGAAGGCAAAGAGUAGUGCUUGAAGAAGGAAAUAAUCAGCCUCUCGCGGAAGAAGACAUCUUCAUGUGUACACAGCACGAAGCAGGUCAUUUCCUAGUUGCUUAUCUACUCGGGGUCCUCCCGAAAGAAUAUAAAGUGCUGAAGAGAGGGAAUUCGAGCCAGGAUCAAUUUGCUGGAGGGACUGUGAAGUUUGUGGGCUUUGAAUUUCUUAGAGAGGUUCCUGACUUGGAUACAUUAAAUGAAUCCAUUGGCAGCACAGAAUCAAGUUAUAGAGUUAAUAAGAGAUGCAUAUCCUCCAAGACUUUCAACAAUUUUUCCUGUGUCAUUCUGGGAGGCCUAGUGGCAGAGCUUCUUUCUUUUGGCUACUCUGAAGGAUUGCAUUCAGAUGUUGAUAAGCUGGAGAGAGUGAUGAGAUGGUUGGGCUUAACAGAAUCUGCAGUGAAACCUCAUGUUAAAUGGGCAUCUCUGAACACUGCCUUCAUCCUGCACCACCAUCACGAGACUCGGCUACAAUUAGCCAAGGCCAUGGGUUCAGGAAAAUCAAUAGGAUCCUGCAUCAAUAUCAUAGAGAACUCUCUACAUCAGAAAUGAAACCAGGUAACUCAUCCUUUUUCAUACCCCUGUACAAGUUUGAAAAGUGAUGAUGUUGAUGAUAAAAACGUUCGAUGGCCUCGCGACUACUAAGAAAAGAGAAGCGAUUCUUCUUGAAA